CUCUCUCCCUUGGACAGAUGCCGAAGUGCGAGGCCGGUUCCUUGCGGAAGGUGGGCUCGGAGGGAUGUCUGCUCGAGUGCCAGAGUUCGCCCUGGCCUCGCCAGCUCUUCAGACGGCGGAAGCAGGCGGAGGCGGAGGAGGAGCCGGCGGCGGCGGCGGCCAGAAUGGCCGGUUGCGGGGGGCCUGGGCGCCCGGUACAGAUUCCCGAGGUCCGGAUCCAGCGGGAACACAGCUUGAGCGUGGACACUCUGCACCAGCUGGCGGCCGGGAGCCCGGACGAGUCGGACGUGGAGAAGAGUAGCGAGAGCCUCGGGCCACCAGCCGGCGGUGGAGGAGGCUGCUGUCUGGGCGUGGAACAACCCAACAUGUGGCGGACUUACAGCGACGGCAACCUGGCCCGCGGCGCCGCCCAGAGCCGCCCCUUCUCCUCCGGACAGCGGCUGGGCAGCAAGCCCAAGGCAGAGAGCGGCUGGAGCCUCCCCUCGCCCAAGACACUGCGCAAGGAGCGGGCGUUGGGCCGAGUGGCCGCUGCCAAGGAGCACCUGCGAUCCCUCUUCACCGGCUCCCGCAAGCACCUGGCGUCCAGCGUGGAGUCGGACCUGGGGGCGGACAACACCGACACCGACAGCCACAUCCGUCCGAAGAAAUCCCAGGGCUAUCGUUUGGGGUUCCUGCAAUGGUGGGGCGACUCUGGUGGGCUGAGCGAGCUGGACUCCCUGAGGCCUACGAGCGAGGAGGCGGCGCAGUGGGCCAAGUCCCUGGACGCUCUGCUAACCCAUCGAUGUGAGUACCUGGGCUCGGGCCGAAUGGCAGCGGCGUUCGAGGCAGCGGGGGAGGGUUGGGAGGAGGAGAG